AUGCUCGAACGAAACGCCUUUGUCAACAAGGAGGUCUGUAUUACCCAGCUGAACCGUGUAAGAUGAGGCUAUUCAGCUGAAAAGACCCUAUAGAUAAGGACAAGUCAUCUCGCUCCUCGACAACGCCAGGCCCCAUAUUGCCCAAGUCGUCAAAACAGCACUCCAAGAGCUUGAACGGGAGGCGAAACGGCAUCAGAUGGGAGAAGGUCGUAAACAGUAACGGAGGAUACAUCAUUGGUUAA